AUGCAGCUCACAGCCGCUAUCUGCUGGGGCGCCUUGCUUCUUUCGUCAGCGUUUGCAGCCGUCGAUGGCUCCAAGCGGACUCCGAGAAGGUUUCGGAGAGACUUGGCAGAUGAUACCACGGGCCCGCAACCAAAAAAACACUUCCACGAGUUACAAUUCCAUGUACACUACGAUGCACGUUUCGCCGAAGGCGUGCUUGUAUAUGCUGAGCACAGGCUGGCUCUGCAGAACCUAGUCCAGACGUACCUGGCCACCUUUGCCGACAUUGGCGUAGAGACCUGGCUCAUGCAUGGUUCUCUGCUGGGCUGGUGGUGGAACAAACAGAUCCUGCCGUGGGACACAGACCUAGACGUCCAAGUUAGCGAGCCAAGCAUGUACUAUCUUGCCGCCUACUACAACAUGUCCAUCUUCCACUACAAGACCCCGCGGCUACCCAACGGCCGAAAAUACCUGCUGGAGGUUAAUCCCAACUAUGUGAACCGUGAGCAGACUGACAAACUGAACGUUAUCGACGCCCGGUGGAUCGAUACCGAAACGGGAGUGUUUAUCGACAUCACCACCGCACGCUACAACCUGACCCAUCCGGCCGGCGAAGGCAUGCUCAGCUGCAAGGAUGGCCACGAGUACAGGGACACAUACAUCUUCCCGUUACGGAACACCGUUUUCGAGGGUACUCCCGUCAAGAUUCCUUAUCGCUACAGGGAUCUUCUCGUGGCAGAGUACGGUACUUGGGCCCUUGCCAACACUGACUUUCACGACCACAUCUUUGACGGCGAGACAAUGCAGUGGGUGCAUAAAGAGAACUACAUCCAGCCGGAGAUCUAA